UAACGUACAAAUUAAUACAUCCAUUCAACUUCCUAUCACUUAUGAAGUAGAAGUCACGGUUUAAUAAAACCGCAAUUGAGUAAUAACAUUUGGCGUACUUAUGUAACACACCCGCGCGUCAGCUAAAUGAGAAUAAAUGGCUUGCUUGAUCCGGAUGAAAGUCAAGAGCAAUGAAAAAGGUGACAUUCUUAAAGCCAGCGCCUCGCGAUGGUGUUAAAGACAGUCGUAGACGUAGGUGUGCCAGUAAGUCAGUCACGCCGGAAGAUGGCAGCCAACGCUUGCGAAAACGUGCAGUCUUAAGUGAAUGGUUGAGGAAUGCCCGGAUAUAAUCACGAACAGCAACACUGACAGCAAGGCGAUCCACGAGCAGUCGGCUUAACGAGUCGCCGAACACAGGUCUUUUUAAGUAAUUCCGAUUCGUCUCGAUCGUCAUUUCUUGUGGAAAACAACGGCACACGCAACGAUAUCCGUCGCCUCUGGAAAAGUGGGGGGGGCUAAAGCUUCAUGGUCACCUGCCGGAGUAGCUCAUGGAUGAGGAAGAGCUCCAGACUGAUGAAGAGGUCGGAGAGACUGUGGCCGAUCACCGUUCCAUAGGUCACGUGUCCUGUCACCAUGGCCAUGAGGCGGGGCAGGAAGUCCCUGAUCAGAAUUUCAUGACCGACAAUCAGGAGGAAGACUUGGGACCUCAGGAACAACUAGUAGUCACCAUCGGGAGCUGUCCAUCUCUGUUCCGUUCUGGUGACCCCGCCCCUCUCGGACCCAGCCCUGCCUUGUUGGCGUGGCUGAGGGAGUUGGGGGAACACAGUGACCACAGUCUGCUGCCUCUGUCGCUGCACCAGGUGGCUGAGGCCUUCUUCCUCGAGAGAGAUUAUGAAUGGGCAAUCCGCUUCAUACAGCUGGAGAGGCUGUACCACGAGCGGCUCCUCUCUAACCUUGCCGCCCUGCAGGAGCAAUGGGAGAGCCAGUUCAGAGCCACUGGGUCACUGGAGGCUUCAUGCUCAGAGAACCUGGACACGCUGAUCGGCAUCUGCAGGACACACCUGAGACCUGUCCUCAAAUCACCAAAGCAUGUCACUGGUGGCAAAGUCCUCGAAGGGGAUGAGCCAGAUGCCAAGGCACACAGCGCAGGCGGCACCAUUGAGAUACCAGGACAGCUAAGAGUGGAAGCGGAGGUUUCCCCUGUACAAGCAGAGGGACGGGAUGCCAUCACAGCCAGGCAUGAGGGGGAGGGGCCUUGUUCACCCAGCCACACCCAUGUUCAGAGAACUGACACGCCCACUACAUCGGUAACUGAAAUGCCAGCUGGACGGGCUGGUAACGAGGAGAUCCUGCGCGGGGUGGCAGAGCAGGAGGGUUUCCUUGGUGACCUACUCGCGGGCGGCCGCUCGCAGCAGCAUGAGGUGAAGGGACAGGUGCUCCUCCAAGGUGGAGCUCUCUCAGCGAAUCUGGCAACCGCAAAUCACGCCCCCGAGGCAGGCAGCCAGGUGGACGGAACGGGAGAACAGCGGACCUCACAGGGUCACGACGGGCCCUUGGAAGCCGGAGAGGACGCUAUGGUGAUUAAUGGGAUCAGUGACAAAUUGGCUAGUGAGACAGCUUCCCCUGUGGUCAUAAAGACGGACCAGCCUGUGCCAAAGGAACAGGAAGAGGAGGCGGAGGCUGCAGAGGAACAAGCUGAGGUAGAGGAUAGUGAAGAGCAGGAGGAAGAAAAAGUGACAGAUGGCGAGGCUUUAGAGGAGGCCGGGGAAGACGGCCAGGAGGAGAACGGACUCGAAGACGACAUGGAGCAGGCAGAGGCUGGACAGGACUCCCUGGACGACCUGGCGAAGCGCAUACAGGUGGAGGAGAUGGCUCCUGUGGAUGGUCUGGUGUCCAUACUGAAGAGGAGCCCUUCCCAGGAUGGAGGAAUGAGCCAGGAAGCUGCAGACACUAAACAGACGUCCAAACGCAGAGUCCGCUUCAGGGAGCCGGAUGAUGAACUCGAUCAAGAUGAGGUGGGCGGAGCCUCUUUCCUGGUCCUCCUUGUCCUGUGCCUGGCCACCGUGGUAGUCAGCAUAGGUGGAACAGCACUCUACUGCGCUGUUGCCGACGUGACAUCCAGCGUGUGCGCGGACUUCUCCCAUAAUGUGGACUUCUACAUAGGGCACAUGCAGCGAGGCCUGGAGCUCAUAAAACACUGGCUGUGCCCCAGCUCCUAGUAAGACAGCAGAAAGAUCUACUAUUCCUUGUGUGUGUGUGUGUGUGUGUGUGUGUGUACGUGCGUGCGUGCGUGCGUUCGUGCGUGGCUGAUAAAGAACAGUGCACCACAGCAGUAAACACGGACCAACUGAAGCCUACACUGUGCCUGAAGAAUACGGACUCUCCUAACUCUACAUUUUAGUCAAGGGGCAGAUAGGAUCUGCAUCCAUAAUCUCCAAAGGAUCUCCCCAGGGCUUUGGACCAGAGUGGCUGGUAAAUCCUGUUUUUCAACCUGAACCACUAAUGAAGGACAGCAAUCCUCCAAGAGAUGGAGCCAAAAGCAAAGACCCACUGCUGACCCCGGCCCCCGGCCCAGAGAGUGAUUGUAGCAUUGCCGUUUUUAGCUGUCCUUGUUUCGCAGAACUACAAGAAAACCCCACAGGACAUUUUGUACUUUUAAGAUGCUGAAAGUCCGAACUUCAUAAUCACUAUGUCUGGAAUGAAAGCUAAAGAGGUGUUUUAAAAAAUAUAAGCAAUCAAAAAAGACAAAGGUAGGAUUAAAUGUAGCCUGGAAGUUGUGCUUCCCUAUUUUUUAUUUUAUUUUACGAGAAACGUGUGUGGUGAGGAUCACGCUGUAGGGACAGGAAAGCAAUAUGUGAAUCCUGCUGUGGUACAGAUAGCACCUUUGCUGCAAAGCUGCAGACAUGUUCUGCACUUAAUGGACUCAUUACAGAUCUGCUUUAGGGUUAUUACCUAUUUUAUUUUAUUUAUUUACUGGCCUUUUAUUAUUUUUGGCUAUCACCCCGUUCCUAGCCAAUUCAUUUGAGUCAGAUUUUGAGGUUAUUUUUGGUGUGUUUUAAUUUUUUUGUUUCCAGUUAUAUUCUUCAUUUUUUAGUUCUGAUUCAGAGUCCAUUUUCCACCACUGUAAAUGUGAUCAAGAUGUAUUGAUGUUGCAUGUUGCACAUAACCUAGGAUUGAAUCUGAAACCAAACUUGUUGCAAAACCUGGAUGCCACAGGAAGAUAAUGUAUAUGUGUCUCAUUACUGUUAUAAGUCUUCUGGCUGGAUCAGAAGGUGCCCUUCAUGUUUGUGUGUGUGUCAAAGUAUUUAUUUCAUGUACUAUCCAGGAAACUGAAUAGGAGAAUGUAAAUGCUUUGUUAUUUGUUGGGUAUGCAGAGACCGAUCAGCACGGGUCUUAAAUUUAACCCAUUGUGUAUGUACCAUGUGCUUCUCAAGUUCUUUAUGGGAAAUUUUUAUGGUUUCAUUAUGAUCAAAUCAUUUUAAUAGAGGUGACAUGGAAUCACAAUAACGAGGUCUUCAGGGGAGUUUCCCAUUGUGCCCCUAAGAUGACGACUUAUCCAAAUACAUAUCCAUGUGUUAUUGCUCAGUUUAGACUCUUGAAUUAUAAUGUCCUUGUCCAAUUUUGUGGAAAAUGUGGUGAAUGCAAUGAAAAUGGUUGAAAAUAUAGUACAGCAAUCAGAAGUUAUGAGUUUGUAUUUGGCUACAAAUACGUUUAAACACACAUUCUCAAAUGAAAUUGUCUGAAAGUGUUUGUCUUAAAGUAUUAUUUAUGAUUGUUUUUGAAAUGUUCUUUCUUAUUUUAGCUCUAAAAAAAAAUGGUAUAAUUGCCCAGAUGUCAAAAUAUGUAGUUUUGUUUCUAUUGUAAUCUGGAAAAAAAAUAUAGUGGGACAUUAUGUGGAUGUUUUCUUUUGUUUCUCCCAUUAGUUUGUUCACUUUCACCAUAAACAGUCAGGGUACCACAGCAUACUUGCACCCAGAAAUCCAGAACACUGAGUACCUGGUACAAGUGUGUUGGGUUCUGGGAGGGAGUCUCUAGGUCCCUAAGGACUAGGUUAAGAAACACUGGUACAGAAAGUCCUCUACAAACGAACCUUCAAGAUAUGAAUGUGCAUGUCCAAUAAAUUAAAAAUUGUUUAAAUAAUUGCAAAAUUAAAAAUUGUGCCGGAAUUUCAAA